UUAAGAUGAAGCAUUUUAGGGACACUAUUUUGACAUGCGCAUGCAUGUGGUUACUAAGUUUGAGUGAUAUAUGCUUGUGUCAGCCGCGGUCGCCACAACAAGGACUCCAAGUGCCAUGCUUCUUCAUCUUUGGUGACUCAUUGGUUGACAACGGAAACAACAAUGGGAUGCUAACCCUUGCCAGAGCCAAUUACAGGCCUUAUGGCAUUGACUUCCCACAGGGUCCUACUGGCCGCUUUACCAAUGGUCGAACUUAUGUUGAUGCUUUAGCUCAACUUCUGGGUUUUCCAACAUAUAUUCCACCAUAUUCAAGAGCACGGGGCUUGGACCUUUUAAGAGGAGCCAAUUAUGCAUCUGGAGCAGCAGGCAUCCGGGAGGAAACUGGAAGUAAUCUGGGGGCUCAUACAUCAAUGAAUGAGCAAGUCUCUAACUUUGGAGAAACAGUGCAGCAGUUGAGGAGGUACUUUAGAGGAGACAACGAUGCGCUUAACAGCUACCUUGGCAAGUGUUUGUUCUUUUCAGGGAUGGGAAGCAACGAUUACCUCAAUAACUAUUUCAUGCCAGAUUUUUAUUCCACCAGCUCUGAUUACACUGCCAGAGCAUUUGCAACGAUCCUUCUUCAACAGUACGGUCGCCAACUAGCUCAAUUGUAUUCGCUAGGUGCUAGGAAAGUGAUUGUUACAGCAGUUGGCCAAAUCGGGUGCAUACCAUAUCAAUUGGCCCGUUUCCAUGGGAAUAACAGCAGAUGCAACGAAAAAAUCAACAGUGCCAUACAAUUGUUCAACUCAGGUCUUAAGAGAAUGGUUCAGAAUAUUAAUGGAGGGCAGCUUCCAGGAGCAAAGUUUGUAUAUCUGGAUUUUUAUCAAAGCAGCCAAGAUCUAUCUUCAAAUGGAACGUCCCUUGGAUUUGAUGUGGUGGACAAGGGGUGCUGUGGGGUUGGAAAGAACAAUGGGCAGAUUACUUGCCUUCCUCUUCAACAGCCAUGCCAAGAUCGACACAAGUACUUGUUCUGGGAUGCAUUCCACCCAACUGAACUUGCCAACAUCUUACUAGCCAAGGCAACCUACACCUCACAAUCAUACACUUAUCCCAUUAACAUUCAACAAUUGGCAGCGCUCUAAGAGAGAGCCGUUCUACUUUUUACGUAUGUUUGAAGUUGUUUAUGUGUCACUGCAAUUUGCUGAUGUUGUUCUUGUUCCUUAAUUACGUGGAUGAUGAUA